CUUUCUCAGUCUUUUUCUUUUGGAUCCACAUGUUUACUACAUUUAUCUUGUUUCUCUUUGUCUGAGGAAUAGGUUUUUUCUUUUCUUUUCUUGAUAGGGAAAGGACAACUAGAAUUUUUUGGUAGUUUUAUUAGUUUAUGGUUUUUGAGUUCUGGUAAAAAGAAAAUUAACCAUGAGUGAAAAUGAGGUACUUUUUUUUUUUUAAUUUUACACCUAUGAAGAGGUUUUCAUUCUCAAUUUUUCAGUUUUUCGAUGACCCAUUUUCUGUCUACCCAACCAAGACGCCCUAAGUUUGAGAAUUAGAUGAUGUCUUCAUCUGACAAUUGCUGUGUGGUGUUGAUGGUGUGCAUGUUUUGUUGGGAAGGGUUUCCUGUUGGACGCAUUCAUCGUCUUCUGAAGUCAAGGGUGACAGCACAUGGAAGAGUUGGGGCAACAGCUGCAGUUUAUUCUGCUGCCAUCCUGGAGUAUUUAACUGCAGAGGUGUUGGAGUUGGCUGGCAAUGCGAGCAAGGAUCUGAAGGUGAAGCGUAUUACCCCAAGACAUCUACAGCUUGCCAUCCGUGGAGAUGAAGAACUUGAUACCCUCAUCAAAGGAACAAUAGCUGGUGGAGGUGUUAUUCCUCAUAUCCACAAGUCCCUUAUCAACAAAUCUUCGAAGGAAUGAGGAAGGUUUAUAACUUAUAAGUUAUUUGAAUCAAAGAUGAAAAUCACUGUAAAUUUAAUUAUAUCUUUUACCUGUGGAUAAUUUGCCCCUUGCAUUAUUAGUUUGGUUGAACUAGAACCAUCCUUCAAAAGAAAUCUGAAAAUUUCUGAUUUCUUCAUUUGAAUUUUGUGAACUGAUGUGCUGACUUUUGUGCUAUGGUACUGCAUGUUAGAUGAUACUGCCUGUCUGUCUAGUCUUUAUUGUGGAAGAUGGUUCUUGUGUCUCGUUAAA